AUGGUUGGUACUGUUAGUCUUUCAGAAUUUAGAUAUCCCAUAAGUCAUGAGAGAAUGCAGAUGAAUCCUUAUUCUGUACCCUAUGAAUACAUAGGGUACAUAAUAAGGAUUCAUGAGGCUUGUUUAGAUGACAUUAAGGGAAGUGAAUUAGAUGGAGGCUUGGGGUUGGAAACUAGAGGCUUGGGGACUAAAAUUGCUGAGUUAAUAAUAUGCCCUAUAUAUGCUAACCUACCAACUGAGCUACAAGCUAAAAUAUUUGAACCCACUCCUGAAGGGGCACGAAAGGUUGUCCUUGCUACUAAUAUUGCAGAAACAUCAUUGACAAUUGAUGGGAUCAAGUAUGUCGUUGAUCCAGGAUUCUGUAAGAUGAAAAGUUAUAAUCCAAGAACAGGAAUUGAGUCCUUGUUAGUAACUCCUAUCUCAAAAGCUUCAGCAAUGCAGAGAGCUGGUCGUUCUGGAAGAACAGGUCCUGGAAAGUGCUUCAGAUUGUAUACUGCACACAAUUUUUACAAUGAUUUGGAUGAUAAUACUUUACCAGAAAUACAGCGGACUAAUCUUGCAAAUGUAGUUUUGACUUUAAAAAGUCUCGGUAUUCAUGACUAUGACUUGCUGAACUUUGAUUUUAUGGAUCCUCCGCCUACUCAGGCCUUAUUGAAAGCCCUGGAGCUUCUAUCUGCAUUAAGUGCAUUAAAUACGCGUCGUGAGUUAACUAUGGUAGGUAGACGGAUGGCAGAGUUCCCACUGGAUCCUAUGUUGUCAAAAAUGAUAGUGGCUUCUGAAAAGUACAACUGUUCCGAGGAGAUCAUUUCUAUUGCUGCUAUGCUUUCUGUUGGCAACUCAAUAUUUUACCGUCCGAAGGACAAACAAGUACAUGCAGACAAUGCAAGGAUGAAUUUUCACACUGGAAAUGUUGGAGAUCAUAUUGCAUUGCUAAAUGUCUACAAUUCAUGGAAGGAAACCAAUUAUUCAACACAAUGGUGUUAUGAAAAUUAUAUACAGGUAAGGAGUAUGAAACGGGCUAGGGAUAUCCGUGAUCAACUUGCAGGUCUUUUGGAGAGGGUUGGGAUUAAGCUAAGUUCAAAUUCUAAUGAUUUAGAUGCCAUCAAGAAAUCCAUAACAUCUGGAUUUUUCCCACACACUGCACGAUUGCAAAAGAAUGGACUAUAUCGGACUGUUAAACUUGCACAGACUGUCCACAUACAUCCUAGUUCUGGGUUGGCACAGGUGGUUCCUAGAUGGGUUGUAUACCAUGAACUAGUACUCACAACCAAGGAAUAUAUGAGACAGGUCACGGAAUUAAAGCCAGAGUGGUUGGUGGAGAUAGCCCCCCACUAUUACCAGCUUAAAGAUGUUGAAGACUCGUCCUCCAAGAAAAUGCCUCGCGGAGUAGGAAAGCCUAGUAGGAUAAGCAGCAGCAUAUCUUCGCAGAUGCUUUGA